AUGUUGUCAGUCAUGGGCUCACAAGUAAUUCUCGGGGCUCUCUUACUCUAUCUGAAUUUGUUCAUUACUCACAGCAGUGCGGCUCAGCAGCAGCCACUGCACACUGUUAUAGAUGCCGCCCCUAAGCGGGUCGCCGUCAUCGGUAGGUUACAGAUCCAACCCAAAACAACAUGCAAGAUGAUCAAGGUCAUAGGAGAGAAUGAGACUAAUGUAAGUUUUGAAGGAGCUGGAGCUGGAGGUUCAUUUGCAGCAUAUGAGUUGCGUAAACUCGCAGAUGCCUCUAACAUCCCUGUUAAUGUUACCGUAUUCGAGCGGGCCUCGUAUAUCGGUGGUCGUUCAACGACGGUCAAUGCUUUCGACGACUCCGCAUAUCCAAUCGAGUUAGGUGCCUCAAUAUUUGUGGAGAUUAACGAGAACUUGAUGAAUGCAUCUCGCGCUCUUGGUCUUGAUAUCCGCGGCGCGGAUCAUUUCAGACCUAAAGAAACCGAGGAAUCCAUUGGAAUAUGGGAUGGCUCCCACUUUGUAUUUACACUGAAGAACGACUCUAGCUGGUGGAACAUCGGCAGGCUUAUCUGGCGCUAUGGCCUGGCACCAAUUCGCACCCAGAAUCUCAUGAAGAGUGUCGUUGGUAAGUUCCUGAAACUAUACCAGGAGCCCUUAUUUCCGUUCCGAUCGCUAUCGGAGGCUGCGGAGGCAGUGGACCUACUCGAUGUUACUGCCUCACCGGGCGAUGCAUUUCUUGAGGCAAAUUCGAUUUCCGAAUUAUUUGCAAGAGAAAUAAUUCAAGCCAGUACGCGAGUGAACUACGGGCAGAACCUGCCCUUAAUCCACGGGCUAGAGUCCAUGGUUUGUAUGGCGACAGAUGGUGCGGUUUCUAUACCUGGUGGGAACUGGAGGAUAUUUGAUGGAGUUCUCCAAGCUGCCAAAGCUGAUGUUCGUCUCAAUACGACGGUAACGGAGAUUGUAAAGACAAACAAUGGUGCUGUGCAGAUAAGCUCCAAGCCAACCUCAGAUCUUGACUCGACAACUCCGGACGAAUCGGAGUUUGAUGAGGUCAUUAUCGCUGGGCCUCUACAGUACUCUGGUAUCUCGAUAUCUCCACCUCUACAGCAUAUCCCAGAUGAUAUCCCGUAUGUCAAACUCCAUGUCACGCUGUUUGCGUCCCCACAUCGGAUCUCGCCUGAAUUCUUCGGACUUCGCGGCAAGAACGCUCACGCUCCGGAGACCAUCCUGACUACCCUUCCGGAGGGUCAUAAUCUUGGUUCAAAUCCCAAAGGUGUUGGGCCCGCUGAUUUCUGGAGCAUCAGCACGCUCAGAACUGUCAGUAGAUUUGUUGAAAAAGAGGAUGGCGAGAAGCAGCGUGAAGAUCACUAUGUUUACAAAAUCUUCUCUCCGGAAAGGCCUACUGCGGAGUUUAUCGCUCAAGUGUUUGGGAUUGAAUAUUCUCAUGGGACAUCUGGCUCAGUGACUAUCGCGCCUGAUAAUACCACCAUUGGUGAUCUUCCGAACGGCGAGAUUAGCUGGUUCCACGAGAAGGUCUGGCACCCAUAUCCUCUGCUUUAUCCUCGCGUGACAUUCGAAGAUACUCUCUUAGCCCCCAGUAUCUGGUACACUAGUGGGAUUGAGAGCUUCAUUUCAACAAUGGAGACGAGUGCACUUAUGGGGAGGAAUGUGGCAGCCCUUAUGGUGCGAUCAUGGCAGAGAGAGAAAUAUGAGAGGGGAGUAACUGGGAAGAUUGAACUAUAG